AUGGUAUUUUAUUUUAAAAGUAAUGUAGUUGAUCCUCCAGCUUUGCUUUAUAUGGAGAAAGAUAAAUAUGAGAAUGAAGAAUUAAUUAAGUGGGGGUGGCCAGAAGAUGUUUGGUUUCAUGUAGACAACUUAUCAUCAGCUCAUGUUUAUCUCCGAUUGGAAAAGGGUCAAACAAUUGAUAACAUACCUACGAGUGUCCUGAAUGAUGUUGCUAAACUGGUCAAAGCUAAUAGCGUACAGGGCAUCACGUUAAACAAUAUCGAUAUCAAUUACACAAUGUGGCAAAAUCUCAAAAAAUCCGCCGAUGUGGAACCCGGACACGUUGCAUAUCACAAUGAGAAGGCAGUAAAAAAAAUUCGCGUAGAAAAGCGAAUUAAUGAUAUAGUAAAACGAUUGGGUAGAACUAAAACCGAAGAAAAUACAGAUUUAAGAUUUCAACGUGAACAGCGUGAUGCUUUAGAAAGAGAAGAACAAAGGGCUGAAGUACGUCGGCAAAAAGAGUUGGAAAAAAAAUUGGAGAAGGGGAAACAACAAGAACAAGUGUUACGAAAUUAUACAUCGCUGUUGCAAGCAGAUAAAAUGACUUCAAAUUAUGAUAACGGUAAUGAAACGGAUAAUUUUUGGUAG